AUACACACUAUUCGCGCUGGUUUCCUAAAGGAACGUUUUGAACCUUUAAUGCAAUAUAUUCUAGAAUUCUACAGAAAUAGCAGUGCUCCCGAAAUCGAGAACUUUUCCACACGUUAUGUCGUUUGUGAGCAACAUCAUAAUCAAUUUACGACCUUGUAACGUCGUUAACUCGGUGGUACGUUGGGCAUCGAAGAAAGCUGGAGGCUCAUCAAGAAACAGGAAAGGGCAUGCUCCAGGUAAACGAAGAGGGAUCAAAGCCCAGGAUGGGACUAUAGUGACACAAAGUUCCAUUUUGUUACGCCAGCUUAACAUUCGCUGCCACCCUGGACUCAAUGUUGGCAUUGGCAAAGAUGGUUCUCUUUAUGCCCUACAGCCAGGGAAAGUACUUAUAACAUGUGAAAAAUUUCAGCCCAACUUUGACAAAUACUGGACAGAUAGAGUUUACAAAUCAAGAAAAGAUAAUAUGGUUAAUGUCUACAAAAAAUACUUCCAUGUCAUCCCUGAGCCGUUAGAGCCAAAAUUCAGAUUAGUUGACACAGUCUGAGUUAUUGUUUUUCUAUUAGUUUAGUUUGUAACCACAAAAUAAAAUUGAAUUUAACGAA